CACAGGGGUCCGCGAUGGAUAUCAUUCUUGCACGGACUGUCUUCGUGGUUAUCUGCACGGCGGCAGUUGCGAGUCUGUGUCCAGAAAAUGUGCAAUAUGGUAGUGGAGAUUGCUGUUCGAAAUGUGGACCAGGGUAUGGUGUGGAUACCCUGUGUUCCAAACAGAACGACACAAUUUGUGAGGGUUGCGAGGAGGGAGUGACGUUUUCGACCAGCUGGAGUUACGACAAGGAGUGCUUACCUUGUUCCAGCUGCAUCAAAAAUGCACAUGUUGUGCAGGCGUGUAACUCCACGCAUGACGUUGUUUGUGAGUGCAAUCCUAAUUUUUUUUACGACCCAGAGAGCGACACGUGCAAACUGUGCGAACCAUGUGCCCCAGGCUCUGGAGCCUCACGGCACUGUAACAGCAUGGAGAACACCAUUUGUGAAGAGUGCCCUAAUGCUACGUUUUCAGAUGUUCUCAGUCCCACGGCAGAUUGUCUCCCUUGCUCUAUGUGCGAGGAGGAUCAAGUGAUGCUACAGGCUUGCUCGGCUAAACAGGAUGCCAUUUGUCUAGACAUUUCAAGACCAAAACCCACCGUUGCUGUUGUGCAGUCAAAGUCCAAAACAGUUGUUGGCUCAGAAGGAAUCAAUGUUAUCCCCCUGUACUGUGCUCUAAUGGCAGCCAUUGUUGUUGGGCUACUAGUAUAUGUCAUUGUCAAGAAUAUCCGAAGAGGAAAGGACACAAAACGAUUCAUCAAUAAGCAGCCUCAUGAUGAUAUUGAAUAUGCUGCGGCAGAAAAAGGAGACAGUGGAAUAUUCCUGGAACCAGAAGUUAAAAGCUACCCUCACAGUUUAAAACUACGAGAUGUUCCAUACAGUAGGCGGAGAGAUGUAGAACAAAGCUUGUGUAUUCAAAAAGACAAGAGAGCAAACUGGAAAAUUUUAGCCCGAGAAUUAGGUUUUAACAGAGCCAAAGUGGAGACAUUAGAAAGCCAGGCAGAAAUAGAGAUGAUAGAACCUGCUGUGUAUAUGUUUUCAGAGUGGUGCAAAAAUGACUGUGCAACUGUGGGAGCCUUUUUAAGAGCUUUGAAAAAAGUUGGGCGAACGGACAUUGCCCGUGUUUUGAACGGUGACACAACCGAACUCCGACCGUUGAACGACGGAUGUUCGCACUAGCAUGAAAUAUUUCCAGAGUAGAUUUUAUAUUAUCAUGAACAAAUUUGUACAUAAUGUAAGCAUAUAUAUCAAAUCCAUGACAUCAUAACACACUGUAAAUACACCCAUCAUAGAACUGUGAAUAUGUAAACAUUGUGUGAAAUAGUAAUUUCUUUUUGGCAAAUGCACUCAGUACUGAGAUUCUUUAUCGACACCGAGAAAUCAUGUUUUUGUAUUUACCUGUACAGCUUUUUGGGGUGCUUAAUGGAGUAAAUUCAGAAUAGGUGACAGGUAGGAGGUUUAAAUCCAGCUCUUCCUGGUCGGACUACUGCUUUCAGUUAAGAUGUUUGUAAGGUACAUGGCAACGUGCAGAACUUUGUCCAACUCUCUUUCCUCCAAAACAAAAACGAACUAGUAAUAUAUAGUAAUAUCUAUGUAUUAUAGAGGUCAAAUGUACUUGAGUGUGGUGUAAAAUACCACUUGAAGAAACAAAAUAACAGUAUCUAUUCUCGAUCUGUAGCUGGCAAAGAUCGAAAUUAAGCUAGAAUGGUGCACAAAUGUACGAUUUGAGAUUUAAGGUGUCAUGCAUUUCUUUAUAAUUAUGACCAUAGGCCUAUCCUAUUGUGACAUUGUUAUUUACAUUUGUUUUGCAAACAAGGUUAUUUCCUUUUUUUCACAAUAUGAUAAAACGUGUGCGGUUUUCUAUGUCAUGAAAAUCAAAUAUGAGGAAGAAGAAAAUGUGACGUUACUGGUGACUACGGUCAGCGCCAACUCGGCCCAAGUUUUGUUGCAUGGCAAAGGGAGGUAAUUCUAAUUCGCGACAAUAUGUGCGACUCAACUAUUUUCAAGAUUAGCCUCCCUUGGUGUACACUAGGCGAGAUGUAGCCCACAUCAUCCUAAAUACUGAAAUACCACAUGGUGUUGCCAAGCAAUACUUCUUCUUCUCAGACAAUUUAAAUCAUUUGUGUUAUUAUUCUGUUUGUUUAGAAUUUGUUUAUUCUUACGCUGGAUUCAGUGAUCUGAAACUGUAAAUAAUUUUUGUGGUAUUUUACUUUGUCCAUGUUUCCAGUCUGCGCUUUCGAGAUGGAUUCGUACACCAACUGUUCUCCAGUUUCAACUACGAAGCCACAGGUGGCAAACUACAUGCAACCGUAUGAGAAGUUAGCUCUGUUAAACCAAUACUUGAGGCGUCACAAACUACAGGAGUUUUUUCCCUUUACAACGAAAGCGGAAGAAGGACUCCGCCUCCUAUGAAUGUAUACCUAUGGUCAAGGACAGGCAACUCUGUAGAAUAAAAGUGUAAGGCGUUAAUAAACGUGUACAGAAUGAACCGUUCUUAUUGAAUUGAACAUAAUAUACUUCUGACGUACACAGGCCUAUGUGAUAUUAUAUGUGCGAUGUAUGUGUGAGACCGCUAUAUAUAUAUAUAUUUGU